AUGCUUUCCAAAUUUGCCUUCAGCUCCGUCCUUGCCCUUGCUCUCGUUCAGGCUCGUCCAACGGAGGCAGCACCUCACGCGAUGCUCGGCCGAUCAACGGCCGAACCAAGCUUGACGACUCAGUUGCGACUGGCAGAUACCGCUGCCGACCGCUAUGCGCUCCUGCCAACGGAUGAAGAUUUUGUCUAUGACUUCAGCAAAAACCCUGCACUUCCAUUGGCCGACGGCGAGAGCUUCCCGGCCCUUGUUGGUACUGGCUUAUCCUUCAGUUAUUCGCAGUUGCCAGGAUGCGGUAUGACCUUUGUCCAUCUUCAUCCUCGCGCUACCGAGAUCUUCGCCAUCGCCUCUGGCCGUAUACACUCCGAAAUGGUACCCGAGGGAGGUAUCGUUGACUCCAAGGGUAAUCAACGAGUUAUCAAAGCAGAAAUUGGCCCGGGCAUGAUGACCAUCUAUCCGGCCGGUUCAUUCCACACCCAGGUGAAUCCGGACUGUGAGGCUGCCAAUUUCACCGCAGCUUUCAACUCGGAGGACACUGGAAUGUCUUUGGUCGCGGACCAGACCUUUGCCUUUAGCGAUGAUAUUAUCGCGAGAACAUUCGGAAAGUCUAUUGCGGGUGAGGAUAUUGAUAAAGUGAGACAUGCUAUUCCUAAUGAUUUGUUGAUCAUGGUCGAGGAGUGCUUGGCCAAGUGUGGUAAACAGAAGCGUCAAGUGUGA